CACCUGCGAAGUUUUGACAUCCAGCGGGCGUGGCGCUCAUAGUUCGAACAUGUCCGCCAAGGACAAGGAGUUCAAGGCUCACCCAUUCCUCUUCGAGGACUCGUUCCAGGUCAAGACCGUGGACAACAGCCGCUUCGAGCGCGCGGGGCGCAUGGACUGCGAGUCCGUGAGCUUCGCCCACAACAACUUGGAGAUCGACAUCAACAACAUCAUCUACCCCGUGACUCCGGGGGAGCAGAUCUACGUGGCAAUCACCCAGAACGUGAGCCCCGCCGAUGAUCCUCGGACACUGAACACGGCCUACGACCAUGACCCGCGGCUGCUGGGCCGGUCUGUCAUGGACCAGUUCGACUACGUGAUGUUCGGCAAGGUCUACAAGAAGGAGCUGAAGAAGGACGACAACUUGGCGGUGGUGUGGGCCUCCUAUGGAGGUUUGCUGAUGAAGCUCCGGGCGGAGGCGCCGCAGCUCAAGGAUUUCCACCUCAACGACAGCGUAUACUUUAUGAUGCGCAAGGUGCAGGCGGAUGAACAAGACGUAUCAUAGUGCGCGUGUAG